CUGUUCCUCCCAAACAUUGUUAAUAAAACAUCAUAUUUGGAACCUCUAAUUUGUUGGCUGUGUAUGCACCUGUACAGGCUGUGUUUUUGUCAUGUCAUUUUUAUUGUUACUCAAAAGCAAGGCCAUAGUCUUGAACAUUGGGAGGACUAAUAAAACGGUAAAGGAAAUUCUAUGUGUCUAAUUUUAGUUGGGAAAUAAUCAGUCUGAACUAUUUGCUUACAAUAUUUGGAUUUUUUUUUUUUUUUUUUUAGCCUAUGUUUUGUAUGAAUUUUAUGUGACACUACUCAGUCGAUCUCCCAGCUGUAUGUUCUUCUCCCUUGAUGCUGCCGGUCUUGGAAAGAGUCAACAUGUCAAGUGUAUAAAAAGGCAGCAUAGAUUGUAGCACAUCUUUAUUGUUGAGCCUCCAGGAGUGACUGUGUUUCAGUGAGGAGCAGUUCAGAGCUGUUGGGGUGACAAAUAGCAUCUUCAGAGAUCUGUGGUUAUGUAUACAUUGAACUUUAUUUGACACUAUGUUUGGAUGUUUUUUCCAAGUACUUCAUUAUGAAUCUCACAGCAGUGAACCAAACUGAUGGCUGUCAGGAAUAUUUCUGUCCAGAGAGAUCUGUUUCUUUAUCUGUCUAUGUGAUUCAGUAUGUGGCCGCAGCAGCUGUGGCUCUUCUGACCGUGUGUGGAAACCUGCUGGUCAUCAUCUCUGUUAGUCACUUCAAGCAGCUCCACACACCUGCUAACAUCCUCAUCCUCUCUUUGGCUGUGUCUGAUCUGCUGGUCGGAGUUUUUGUGAUGCCACUUCAUUUGCCUUGGCUCAUCGAGUCUUGUUGGAUUUUUGGACCAGUGAUGUGCUCAUUUUUAAAAUUUGUGAAUUUUCAAGCAACAAGCGUGUCUGUUCACACUGUGACUCUAAUCGCAGUUGAUCGGUUUUUGGCUUUAAGUUAUCCUUUUUUUUACUCUGAGAAAAUCUCACCCUCUGUGAUCUGCAUUGCAACUUUAUUUAACUGGCUGUUUUCACUCCUUUAUAACAUCACUCUUCUUUUCAUUAAUGGAAACUUCACUGAUGUCACAUGUCCAGGAGAAUGUGUUUAUAAUAUAGAUGAGGUUUCAUCCUUCAUUGAUCUCCUGGUUGUGUUUCUUGUGCCAUGUACACUCAUCAUAAUAUUAUACACUCAUGUUUUUGUCAUUGCUAAGAAACAUGCGACUGCUAUAAGAGCCCUUCAGGUUCACAACAGCACCUCUAAAAACAGAGUCAGUGACAAAUCAGAGCGAAAAGCUGCGAUUCUGCUGGGGAUUCUGGUCUUUGUGUUUCUUCUGUGUUUACUGCCAUAUUACAUUUGUUCUUUAGUGGUUUCAUAUAGUAAUGCUGAUGUGUUUUAUUUCAGAGAUCUUACUGUAAUAUCUUUCUUCCUGAACUCCACCAUUAAUCCCAUCAUUUAUGCCUUAUUCUAUCCCUGGUUUCAGAAAAGCUUAAAAUUAAUUUUCACAUUUAAAGUGUUUAAUAAAGACUCCUCUCUGAUGAAUGUGCAAUAAAUCAUUGAAUGUAGGACAAAAAAUGUCCUCUUUUUUUCUACGUUAUUUCAGGUGUACUUUAAUGCCUUUUCUUCAUUUUUUUGUUUGUUUUUAAACCUGACUGUGAAGACAUGGAUGUUGCUUUCAGUCAUACCAGUAUUGUAUAACAAUAUGAGUGGGUGAAUUUUUUUUCUUUUACGUCAACUCACUUAUUUCUAUGUAAUAAAAGGAAAUGUUGAAUAUAAUGGUAUAUACUGUAUAUAUAGUGUGUAUACUGUAUAUACUGUGCAUGUACUUAUGUAAGUGUUAGUGGCAGUAAGAGCACAAUUACCUAUAAAUAUUUUUGUA